AUGAUAGCGACAAAAUUUUUAGGAAUUUUAGCUGCUUCGUAUUUUAUCGUCGUAAGAGAAACAAUCGCACAAAAUUUUUAUCCUGCAAGAUAUGGGAAAAGGGAUGAAAGCGGGGAUGGAUUAAUUCAAGGUAAAAGAUUGGAUAGAAACGAUGAUCAAAAUGCCAUAAACGAUAGGAAAAUUCGAUUUUUUAUUUCCGGUGGUAGAUACGGUAAACGUGGAUGUACUUCCGAAGUUGUAAGUGGUGAAUAUCAAAACGAUCAAGAAAGAAAUAAUAAUAAUAAUAAUAAUAAUAAUAGAAUAAUAAAUAUACCAAUGAGAAAAAAUCCAUUCAUGGUAGGAAGUAGAUUUGGUAAAAGAAUUGUAAAUCCAAAUGGUAAUUUUUUUUUUAUUAAUUUAUUUAUUAAUUGUUAUUGUUUUAUUAUUACACUGAUUGUUGUUGUUGUUGUUGUUUUUGUAGAUUUAACAACGGAAAAAACAACCUGGUGUAUUUUUAUAAGAAUAAAUGAUAGUUUUAAAUGUUUAACUAAAACAGAAUUGGAUGAAGAACAAAUGAAAUUUUUUGAUUCAUCAUUUCCAUUAAUGGUUUAA